AUGUCCGCAUCUGGCUUCAAAAGACUAGGAAUCAAAUCCGGACCUACCGAGUGCGAGUCCGUCGCCCUAUCGAACGAGCCAUUUCAAGCCACUAAACAUAAACAUGAUUUGAUAUACGAGGUCUGUCCGUUGGCAAUUCGAGCUUUUUUUUUGGGAUACAGCUUCAGCUUAGGAAUAGUAAAUUAUAAUACAGCUUUACCAAAAUGGAAAGGAUUUGGUAUCUAUACUGUUAUCUUAUCUACAUUUCAUGUCACUGAGUUCUUGGCAGUUACAAUGACAAACCCAAUGUCAUCAUCUUCUGAUUCAUUUGUUAUAAACCACAGUAUUGCAUAUACAGUAGCUGCUGGAAUAAGUUGGAUAGAGUAUUUUAUGGAAGGAUAUUAUUUUCCGAAAACUAAAGAAAACUUGAUUUUCUUAAUAAUUGGCGUCACUCUUUGCGCUGCUGGUGAAUUAUUCAGAAAAAUUGCAAUUUAUACAGCAGAGAAAAACUUUAAUCAUAUGAUUCAAGAUAAGAAAAUUGAUGGUCAUGUUUUGAUAACUCAUGGAAUAUACAGUAUUUGUAGGCAUCCAAGUUAUGUUGGGUGGUUUUACUGGUCUAUAGGUACACAGAUUAUUUUGCAAAAUCCUAUAUGUUUGAUGAUAUAUACAUUUAUAUCCUGGAUAUUUUUUUAUGACAGAAUAUCAAUUGAAGAAACAAGUUUAUUGAAUUUUUUUGGAUAUUCCUAUAUACAAUAUCAGAAUCAAGUAAGAACUGGCCUUCCAUUCAUUUCUGGAUGUAAUAGUUUGAAAGACUGUUAAUAAGUUAAACUUAUUUCAAACUUAUGU